AUGUUUAUCUACAUAAAACAACUCAACAGUCCAGGAACAAAUGAAAUCCAACUGGAUGUGUCACCGUAUGAUACAAUUCAACAGAUCAAAUCUCGUCUUGCGGAACAAUUACAUAUUCCGGAAAAUCAGCAGAAACUUGUUCUGAAAGGUAAACCAUUGCAUGAUGGAUCGAUUUGUGAUUAUCAAAUAACCGAUGGUGCCAAACUGCAUUUAAUCAUUUCCACGCAAAGUACACCGACAAAACCAAUGGCUGCGAACUCAUUGAUAAAUGAAUUACGAAUACUUGCUUCGAAAUGGGCGAACAAUCCAACAGAACGCGAAGCAUUUGUUACAGCGUUUCAAAUAGAAAUGAAAAAUGUGAUCGAUCGUUUGAGUCUAGAUGAUAUCGAAAAACUGUGUGCUGAUCGUAUGAAUCAAGCAGUUUGA